AUGGCCAACGAGUGCUUAUACCAGGUCAUGGUCCAGAAUAUUCCGCACAGCGCCAUCCUCGUAUUCGACCACAACAUGCGCUACGAGUUGGCCGAAGGCAGCGCCAUCCAAGAGCUGACAGGGCAUGGCAGCAGCUUCUACAUAGGCAAGCUGGCGCAAGAGGUGGCCAGCUUCGCCAACCGCGUACUUAUCGAGAAAAACUUCCGUGCGGCACUCCAGGGCGAAACUCGCGAUCAAGACGUGCGGAUCGGCGCGCAGUUUGCAGCCUUGCACACAGCGCCCAUCCGCGGCGAGAACGGCGCCAUCGUACGCGGAAUGGCGUUCUUAUACAACAUCACGGCACGCAAGCAGCUCGAAGCCAAACUGCUAGCGCAAACCGAACAUCUCGAACUGCUCUCACAGAUUAGCGACGAAGUGAACAAAGCCAGCAGCCUGCGCGAAGCUCUCGCCCGCUUACUGCAACUGCUGGGCGCGCGCUGGAACUACGCCGUAGGCCACGUGCUUCUGCGCAAGGACGACAGCGAGGCCGGCGAGCUGGAGUCGACGGAUCUGUGGUGGACAUCGGAUGGGGGGGCGCGCUUCGAGCCUUUCAAGCAAGCCAUCGAACAGAUGGGCUUCGCCCCCGGAAAAGGGUACUUACCAGACCACGUCUUCCAAGCUCGCAACAAGCCGUCGACCUGGUCCGUCGUCGGCUUCCAGAAAGACCCCACCGCACUCGUCCGCGCCGCCGCCGCAGCGUGCGGCUUGUGCAGCGCAUCCGUCUUCCCGGUGCUCGCGGGCGCCGACAACGAAGUCACCGCCGUACUCGAGUUCUUCAGCACUACUCUCUCCUCCUCCUCCGCCGCCGCAGACCCACCACCGCACCCGCCGUCUCUCAUCGCCUCCGUCAUGCAAUCCAUCACCCCGCACCUCACCCGCGUUAUCGAGCGCGAGCGCCACGCCGCCCUCUCCACCACCGACGACCUCACCCACCUCCACAACCGCCGCGGCUUCCUCGCCCUCGCCCGCCACCACCUCGCAUCCGCCGAGCGCACCCGCAAACCGCUGCUCCUCCUCUUCGCGGACCUGGACGGCCUGAAGCACGUCAACGACACGUACGGCCACGCAGCGGGCGACGGCCUCAUCGCCGAGGCGGGGAGGGUGUUGAGAGAGGCGUUUCGCGCGUCCGACAUAGUGGCGCGGUUGGGGGGCGAUGAGUUUGCGGUGCUGAUGCCGGAGACGGAUGUUGGUGGGAGUGGGGCGGUGUUGGGGCGGUUGAGGGCGGGGGUGGAGGAGGCGAAUGGCAGGAACGACGGAGGAGGAGGAGCUGGAGGAGGAGGAGGAGGAGGAGGGGAAAAGAGGUACAAGCUCGAGUUGAGUUUGGGGUUGACGAGCUUUGAUCCCGAGAGGCCAGAGACGCUCGACGGCUUGCUCGAUCGCGCUGAUGCGUUGAUGUACGAAGAUAAACGGGCAAGGAAGCGCGGCAGGGAUGGUGGAGCGCGCUGA